UCUCGCGUCGACGGCACUAUGUUGCUCUCUGAGCAAGAUCCGAAUGGCGGCGGCCGCAUGUCUCGAGCCUCCAACGUGUCCGCCCUGAGCCGAACAUCAGGUAAACCCGCAUCGCGGGCACCCAGUUCUGAGAUUCAAUCUGCUCUCGAUCGCGGUGUCUCGUCUAUGCUCCGAACCGGGACCGAGAUGGGCAACGUCGGCAUCGGCGCCCAGUUUGACGACUUGUCUGGCAUCAACAAUAUGCAGCGUCCCAUGCGUUCGCGCGCGACCAGCAGGAUGUCGACAGCUUCUUCCAUGUCCAACACCUCUAGCCGAGCCAGCAAGCAGCUCCGUCACUUCCCUUCGUCUUCUUCCGCACCGCGCCAGCCAAUGUCACAUUAUGGGCAGCAGUAUGUUACCGAUACGCUCUCUCCAACAACGAUGAACGCCUCCGGCUCAUCGCCUUUUAAUGGAAGGGCCAAGAGCGACAGGGACUCGCAUCGCUCGCAUUCGAUGACGCAUACCAUACAGCCACCCAGGUUCGGCCUCGUAAGCAACAGGUCUCUUACCAGUCUGCGCCCUCAGCCGGCAUCUCGAUCUUCGAACUCAUACAACUACCCGAUAUCAUAUGGGAGUGGGCUCAGACCGCCUGGUCCAUACCAGAGAUCAGUCUCACCUGCCUUGGGCGACGACGCUCGACUACCACCCCAAGGAUUACGAGCGUACGACGACCAACGAGUUUCUUAUGCUGUCCAACCACAGAGCCAUGGCAAUCCAGUACGUGCAUACUACAACCAUCCGCAGCAGCAUGCUGGGCAGAGACAAGAAUAUCGUGGCUACAGCAGCCGGCACAAUCCAGGACAUAUAAGGGCCGCGAACCCGUCUUCCCGAUCUACCAUGAGUCUUGAAGAUCGUGCCGCCGUCGAGGACGAAGAAUUCCCUGUUUACGGUGAAUCCUAUCAUCGCGAUCAGCCCAGGCAGAUGCAGAACCUGAACAGCGGACAUCUGAUCCCUCAUCGAAGGGAUCAUAGGCCUAGGGGUGGUGAGCCUCGUUCAGAGGCUCCGCCAUUGCCCGUUGAUCACAAACACCGUAUUGCUGUCGAACAAGCUCGUCUCAAGAGGUCUGCGCCUGCUUCCAUGUCCAGUUUUAACACGAACUUGCGUACAGACUCAGACCCACCAUCGUCUGACAUGGCCCUACCGCCAACUCCGAAAGAUGGCAUCUCUAUAGAAGUGCACCGAAGCCUCGAUAGAACCAAGGUCUUCAAAGUCGCAGAUACGAACCGCCUGGUCGUUACAGAAGAACAUUCUGCGGUGCCACAUCAUGGGAUGGGUGAACAGCUCGAACGUAAUGAGGCUGGAGAACCAGGAGCUGAAGCGAUCCCUAUUAGCUUCACAGACCGGACCAAAAUCGUCGUCCAACAGUCUAGUCCUGGUGAAGCGACGUUGAAGAGUGAUCCUUUUUUAGGACAAGAGGCACGACCAAUGUCGAUGGAGGUCGUGUCUCCCCAGUCAUCAAGCAUCGGCCAUAUCGUAAACGGCGUUGCGGAACUCCCAGCGUCCCCAGUAGCUCGCCGUAUCACGAGGCAUUUGAUCCUAAGAGGACUGGAGGCUUCAACGACGGACGAUAUCCAGUCUCUGUCCCCGAAGUCCCUGACUCCAAAUUCUCCGACGACGUCAAAGACGAGUGAGUCCACUCAAUUGGAUCGCCUACCUGAUGGAAAGUACUCUGCAUCCGAUAUGAUAUCCGGAGCCGCAUUGGGUCCGGUAGACAGCCCAGAUAACUGCCAUAGCAUCUUGUCGCAAACUGGAUCCAGCCUUCUUGAUUCGUCAACACUUGAAUUUGCAAUUCAACAUUCCAUACCAACAGCCAAAAGCGGUGGCUUCCGAAAUGAAUCUGGCGUUCAACCUGAUGUUUGCAAGAACACUGUCAGUCCUGGCCACAGUACCGAGGAUGGCAUGUCGGAUGUCCUUGCAGGCUACCAAGGAAACGAUUCCAAGAAUGGAACUGGCGCUCUUGUGCGAGUCGGGACGAUCAAGAAAGACAUGAGCGAUACGGAAGAGCAUACAGAUGUUUCGACAGAUCACGACUUGAAACCACUGCCACUUGCUCUUCGCUCCAGGAACAGCCACGUCCAAAAGUCGUCCGAUGAACUGUCCUUCAAGUCGUGCACAGAUCAACCAGAGGCAUCUUUAGAGUCGACAUCGUUCCAGAUGGGAAAGGACCCUGGCAAAGGCUAUUCUGCGUCUGCGAUCGAUGUUGUGUCCCAACAAGAUAGAUCUUGCAAGGAAGCAGAUGCCUGUUCUGUCGAGAUUUCUGCAAGUCCUGUCCGGGCUUCCUCCGUAUCAUCAUCUCGACUACCGUCGUCCAACUUAGGGACUCUGGUCAUGAGCCAAAACAGGGCGACUACUGAGGUGCCUCGGUCAAAGCCUUCCUCUGCUAUGCUUCGCAAGCAGCCGCCAGUGCCUCGCCGAGAAUCAAGCUUCUCCAUCGUGGCAAACAGACUGCGGACCAAUGCAAAGCAGAACAUGAAGCAAGGCUCAGUAUCGGUGUCUGGUUCGUCAUCCACGCUUAGCACCACGCACAUGACGCCGGUGGUCCCACCACGUGAGUCUUCUACUUCAAAGGAAGCUCAACGUGUGCAUGCUGCAGUCUCUUUCUUAAUGCGCCCACUACCAUCGCGCUUUGCUAGGUCUCGAAAGUAUUCCGAGCAAGGCGAUCUGCCGAGGUCAGAUGAGACAAGUCCAUCUGCUCAUGAUGUGAAUCAAGACGUGAGCGAUGCCACGAGCUGUGAUGAGGUCGCAAGUUCAUCCCUGCCUGUUGUGGAGGUGCACGAUACACCAAAAGCUACAUCAUCGAAGCCAAAAGGGGUACCUGCCGUGAAAACGCGAGCCAUUACCUUUGAUACACCACAAGCUUGCAACCCGUACAAGGUACUUGGUAACAGCCCGCUUCCUGUUGCGCAAUACGGAGAUCUCAAUAGCCCGACCCCUGCCACCUUGGAGCCCUCAUCUGUGUAUUCAAUGCAAGAUAACUCUUCAAACUCACAUGCAGACUCAACGGAUGGAGUUGCGGCUGUUCCGGUACCUAAUUAUCGCGACAGCCAGACUACUACACACUUAGAAUGGCACCGCUAUGCGCCCUCUGCGACAGGUGGUGGAGCUCAGCAAUCGCUUCCGUCAAGCGUUAUUGCGACUCAUUCCAACUCUUCUGCCUUGACCCCCUUAGCCAACAUUCAGGAGGACACUACAACGAACCUCAGGCUGUCCGGAUAUAGGUAUCCUGGUCCAUCUCGUUAUCUGCCUGAUCUGAAAGAGGAGUCGCACGAGGACUCGAGCCUCAACACGAGUGCCAGCAACCUAAAGGGCUCGAGUUUCCGCUUUCCGUUUGGGAUACCGUCGGGUGUUCGGGCUUCGGGAGAGGAUCCGAUCAAUUUCUCGAGAAGGUCUUCUAUGGUGUCGCGUCGUCAGAGUGUUAUCGGUAGCAAUGUUGGCAGCGCGCUUGGUCAGGCCCACGGCUUGCCUUCGAUGCGGUUCAGCCGAAUGAAUCUGUUUGAUGGUCUGACCGACGAGCUCGGCCUCCGCUAUUCAAGGUCGAUGGAGGAGGUGCCUAACGCGUCGCAUAGAAUGAGUAGAGGUAGUCCACUGCGACCUGCAUCAGCAGGUGAUGUCACUGGAAUGCGCCUUUCUCUCGCAGAAUUGAAUGAGGCCGAGCGCUCAAGAUUGUCAAUGCAGCCUACCGCCAUGAUGAGCUUGUUCGCCAUGCAUCGUGCGCGUUCGCCGGAGCUCAUGGUGGAGAUUGAGCGGCUAACUAUACCUUCUGUUGGGGGCCUCACGCAGCGCUUUUCGGAGUUCUUUCCGUCGUUGAGGGAGUACUAUCAGUGUGGUGAGCCAUCUGAGUUUCCGAUUGAGGAAGGGAUCGAGAAGCACGCAUUGGAGGAGAUUCACGAGAUUCAUCCGACGCAAAAGCGCUCUUCAGCUCGACUUCGGCCUAUGCGUGGCGUAUCCCACAUGGUCGUUAUGGAGGACGAUCUCUACGAUGAGAUUACGAGCAAGGAGAAGGGGAGUGGCAGUCCAGGUCGUCCCAACGAUGGGGGUGCUGCAAACAGCGCUAGUGAGGCAGACUCAAUCGCAGACGAGUCGGCCUACGAGGACGACGUGACUGCCACCCCAACACACAACAAGACAGCUCCGCUUCCAAAGCUUCAAGUUCCGUCACCUGCUGUUUUACGUCCACGUUCCCAUACUGUCGGUCCUCAAGAGCUUCGUAUCUCAGGGGAUUCGGCUCUGUCGUCAAGAAGGUCUCUGAGAUCGAUCGUUUCGACACCCACAGCAACCGAGACGCGUCCUUGGAACUCGGACAAGAACUAUCCCUGGGCAACGUCAACAAACCCCGCGAUCGAGAUGUCACUCCCUCGUCCUACCGUCUCAAAGCACUCCCCUCGCCCUGGUCCCUCCCAUCUCCGCAACAGAGUCUCUGACGCGAGUACUGCGAGCUCUUUCUCGACUGCUCAGACAGCUACAGCAUCGCCCUUCGGUUCACCAUCUGACAGCACUGCACACGCACGUCAUCAUCGCUUCAGCGCCUUUGGCCGUAACGGUGAUCAGCCGCACGCAGUCGGAGAACGCUAUCCUACGUCAGCUUUGUCUCCCCCUACGGCCAUCUUCCGCGAUCACCUUUCUGCCUCUGACACUUCUGACGACGAGCAUUACGACACGACGCACAAAACCAGGCUCUCGCUGCGGAAGCGGUUUUCGUCAACUCGCAAGGCUAAGCUUGAUAACCAAACAGCUAUCCGAGCUAGCAGAAGCAAGACCAACGCACAAGACCUUGCCUCGCCCGAGUCUACCAAGCCGUCUACGAAUUCGAUCUUGCAGGGCUGUGUUGGUGAAGCUCAAGCGUUCACGUCAUCCACUACUGCAAACCGCCAUACCUUCCGUAACGCGGAGGGCAUGAGAGCAGUUGACUACCGCAAACAUCGUAUCAUCGACCGCAUCAAGACUUGGUGGCACAAAGGCUCAUAUUUGAUUCGGCAACUAUCAACCCGCAAGCAAUCCUCCACUACGGAUACUACAACUACUUAA